AUGGGCUCUAUGGAUCCUAAACCCAAGGUUCUUCUACUUGGCGAUAUUGAACAUGCGCAAGCAGCCUGGAGCGCCUUGGGCGAAGUAGCAGAGAUAGUCAAGUCAACAGCAGCAAAUCGAGUUGAGUUCAUCCAAGAGUGCAAAGACGGCAAGCUAGAUGGCGUCGUUGCGAUAUACCGAACCUUUUUCUCGGUGGAUCAAACAGGGCUUGUAGACGAGGAGCUCGUGGGUGUGCUACCAAGCUCUGUCCGAUUCAUGGCACAUUGUGGAGCCGGAUAUGAUCAAGUGGAUGUUCAUGCCUGCAGCGCGCGUAACCCCCCUGUUCGGGUUUCCAAUGUCCCAACCGCAGUAAAUGAUGCCACUGCGGAUAUGAACAUGUUCCUGAUUCUUGGUGCACUGCGCAAAUUAAACGCCGGUAUGAAUGCCCUGCGUGAGGGCAAAUGGCGUGGCCAGCCAGCGCCCCCUCUCGGUCACGAUCCCCAAGGUAAGGUCCUCGGUAUCCUAGGAAUGGGCGGUAUUGGCCGUAAUUUGAAGAAGAAGGCCGAGGCCUUCGGCAUGAAGGUCAUCUACCACAACCGCCGCAAGCUCAGUGAUGAGAUUUCUGCGGGCGCGCAAUAUGUUUCUUUUGACGAGCUCUUGUCCUCCAGUGACGUGGUCAGCCUGAACCUACCGUUGAACAGAAACACACGUCAUAUCAUUGGCAAAGCCGAGUUCGCCAAGAUGAAAGAUGGCGUGGUAGUGGUGAACACUGCCCGUGGCGCUGUCAUGGAUGAGGCUGCUCUGGUUGAUGCCUUGGAUAGUGGGAAAGUGUUCUCGGCUGGCCUCGAUGUUUUCGAGAAGGAGCCUGAAAUCCAUCCUGGGUUGCUGAGCAAUCAGAAUGUGAUUCUGGUUCCUCAUAUGGGUACUUGGACUAUCGAGACAUUGCUUGCCAUGGAAGAGUGGGCCAUUGAAAACAUCCGUCUUGCUCUUGAAGUUGGGAAGCUGAAGAGCCCAGUUCCAGAACAAGCGGAUCUCUAG